GUAAAAUUUCGAGUGAGUAAAACUCAGUUGGAUACAAGACGUUCGUGGCUUGAAGCCAAGUGUCUUGGCGUUCUGCUCCCUGUCAAUCGGUGGCCAUGAGCAAGGAGACGCUGGUGACGCUGCUGGCCCGCGAGAUGGAUCGCGUGGCUCGCAACACUGAGAACUGGCAAGAGCGCAUGGCGGCGCUGGGCGAGAUGCAGCGCGCCUUUGAGCAGCUGGAGAAAAAUCCACCGGCCGGCACUGUGGCUGCCAGUCUCAGUACAGACGUGUGGAAGACGCUGCGGCCGCUCAAAGGAAUGGUACAAGAUCUACGCUCUCAGAUCGUCAAGGAAGUCUGUGCGCUGCUCACGACCAUCUCACGCGUCACGCGCGACGCUAUGGCUCCGUUUCUGCGCGAAGUGUUGCCCACACUCGUGGAGGUUCGUGGUAGUGGCAACAAAGUCUGUGGCACGUACUGCGGGGAGUGCCUGGAGGCUGUAGUAACGCAGACGGUGAUCAAAGGCGCUACGUUGCGACUCUUUGUGGACAUUUUACUAGACAGCAAAAACAAACUCAUCCGACUAUGCUGCAUCUCCUGUCUUCGACGUGCACUCGUCUCGUGGAGCCCCGUGAUGGACAAGAGUGACGUGCAGCAGCUCGAGAAAGGUCUGCAACACGCGCUAUACGACGCCAGUUCCUCAUGUCGAGCACAGGCGCAUGAGCUUUUCUUGGCCUUCCACACACUCUUCCCCAAGCGAGCGCUCGUCGUCAUGAGCAUGGUCGACUAUAAAAUUCAGAAGCGACUCGAGGCGCUCGUGUCCUCGGACGUGGCGGAGUCCACGAAAGGCGCGGGUUCAGCGUCCAAUGCCAGUGUGGAUGGAGACGCAACUCCAGUGCAGCAAGUGCAGGCGUUGGCGGGCUUCAACCUGGACGUGGGUGAUCGUGUGUGCAUCCCGGAUAAAGAACUGUUCGGGUUUGUGAGAUUUUUGGGUGAAAUUAUCGGCGUGAAAGGGAUUUGGGUGGGCAUUGAACUGGACGAAGCUUACGGGAAGAAUGAUGGCAGCGUCAAAGGACGGUAUUACUUCCGCUGUAAGCCCAAACACGGUGUCUUUGCACGUCCUCAUCAGGUUUUCCUCACAAUGUCAGGCUCCAAACUGCAUGAGCAUCAGCUCCAGCAGCAACAGCAGAUUCAGGACGGCGAUAGUUUCGCCCAAAAGGGCAGUGCAGAGCUUGGAGACGAACCAGGGGGUAUUGAAGCCCCUCCAACACCGGAGGGGUUGGCUCCACCGUUCCCAAGUACCCCACGUACCCCUCCUCCUGCCCCGGCACCUGCUUCUUCGUUGAACCUGCCAGCCCCCACUGAUACUCCCGAGCCGUCCAAGUUGAGUUUUGUGCUGCAACGAGCCUCUGUCGCUCACCGACGGUACCUUAACCGUCUACUUAUCCAUGUUCGCGCGGAGUUGGAGGAACAUGAGCGUUUUGAGAACUACGGAGCAACCGCUAGCUCAGCCGACGCAGUGCAGUAUCUUCAACAACUUCAAAACAGCGCGCAAGACAAAAUCGUUCUCUCUGACGAAUUUAUCCAGCAGAUCAUUCAGGCCCAACAAGCUGCGAGGGAGUCCUAAAACCAACAACAACUCGCAUCAGUACAAAGGUAUGAUAAAACUCGAGACGAGUGUCGAUAGAUGAAUUGUCCGACGUGUACCUUUCGAUAGUUGCGCUCAAAACUGCAGUAUAUUGACACUCUCACGUCGUUGCAUUUCGCUCUGAAAUCACGUGUGUGAAGGAUGGUUGGUCCAGUUCCUGGUCCCGGGACUGCACAGGAUCUAUGACGCUAUAGUUCAAGCCUUCCUCUCUUGACAUUUCAUUGUCCAGAAAGCUUCGAGAAGCAAACGACAGACGGCGAUCAAAACUCCCAUCAAGCAUCAUUCCCCUCCCAGAGGCAGGAUCACUCAACACGGUUCCUCCUCGCGGGUUGCUAGUCGACAGCCAACUGAGAUUACUAUCGUCGCUCAAGAAUGUGGUGCCACGCUCAGACCACCAGAAACUGGCGCUCCCGUAGCUGUCGUCGCUCAGUUGAGUUGAGCUUCCUUCCUCGCUGGAGACCGACGUCACUGAUGCCGACGAAGCAGGUAGCAACAUGGACCCGGUAGUCGAACUUGCAGCUCGAACCAAUAGCGAUCGAUGUCUCCCGUCCUCCUUCUUCUUACUCUUCUUGGAGACUGAAGUCAUUCCAGGGUAUAGUCCAGUCUCCUGGAAAAUCGUUUGUUUCUCUCGUUCAAUGGCCAAUCGCGCCUCGGCCACGGCUUCAGCGACAUGUUUCUCAAUGAAUUUCUUAGCCGCAGCAGCCUUCAACUCCUCCAGCAAUUGUUGAUCACUCUGCGUAGACUCAUAAGAUGCUUC